UCACUCUCUAAAGAAGAUCUGGAGGUAUAUAAGUCAUGUCAGAGGCACCAAGAACAGAAGAAACAUCCAGGACCAACGAAAAAGAACAUUUAAAAUCUUCUGUUCAUCAAGCCAUCGAGCAACAAAAAUGACUGGAGCCUCAGUGUCCGUGUGCCUUCUUUUCCUCCUAUCCGUCUGUUCAGCAUGUUACAUCUCUAACUGUCCUAUCGGGGGGAAGAGGUCCAUCAUGGACGCACCACAGCGCAAGUGCAUGUCGUGUGGCCCUGGAGACAGGGGCCGUUGUUUCGGCCCCAGUAUCUGCUGUGGAGAGGGCCUUGGUUGCUUGCUGGGCUCCCCAGAAACAGCUCACUGCGUCGAGGAGAACUACCUGCUCACCCCCUGCCAGGCAGGAGGGAGACCCUGCGGAUCUGAGGGAGGACGCUGCGCUGCCUCAGGAGUCUGCUGUGAUGCAGAAAGCUGCACUACAGACCAAUCCUGCCUCGUGGACGAGGAGGGCGACGACCAAACCAGCCAAUUCGAAGGCAGCGACCCUGGUGACAUCAUCCUCAGGCUGCUGCAUCUGGCUGGUCACACUUCUUCUCAUCGAGUCCACCAAUGAGCUGCUCCUGACACCACAGCCUCAUGGGGAAACAAGAAACAGGAUUUGUAGUUGUAGUUAAUGUAGUUCUAGUUCUCUGUUUGUCUUCAUCUCCCUAAAGUACUUCUGUAGAGUGCCUUUGUCAUUAUAUAUUUUUAUGUAUAAAAAUAGGGAUGAAUACUGACUAUGGUCAUCCAGAUAUCUGCAUGUUGAAAUAAAGCUUUGGGAGAGU